UCUCCCGCUAAGUAGUGAAAGUAAGCAGCAGCUGUGACAGGUGAACUAUAAUUGAGGAAGGUGCUGGAUGCUAGCCAUACACAGCUGCAAGGCCUGUUACUGUCUGUCACAGACCCGAGCUUAUUUUUUCAGCUCGGAGCCUGCCUGGUGCAGAGGGAAGACUACAAAGGCGCCGCAUCAUUAGGCUGAUGACUGAUGUCGUCUGGGAAACUGUGCCAUCUGCAGUAGGUCAACUGAAUGAUCCAGAACUUUGCACCUGUUCAUCCUUCACUUUUUCACUGUUGAAAGUACAUACACCAGAACUACAUCGUGCGGUGCCAGACAUGUAAAAACUUAAUGAUGGUGCUUGUGAGUCCCAGCGCCGCCACAUCAAAGGCCGAGGACUCGGGAUUGCUGUACCCGGGGACCUACCCUUCCAACACGCCAAUCAACCUCUUCCUCCACUUCCCAGAGACCUUUGCACUCGUCCUCUGCUCCUUCCUCGUGAUGGAGUUGUGCUCGCCCUGCAGCAUGGCGAGGUGUCCUUGCAACGACAGCUUCUCCAACGACGAUGUGCUCAACGACACCGAGGACUCAGCCCCCGACCUGGAGCCGCCCAUGUACCUGAUGGUGUACACCACAGCUCUCGCCCUCCUCAUCUUCCUCGUCGGCGUCCUCGGCAACCUCCUGGUCAUCCUGGUCGUGUGCCGGAUACGCUCCAUGCGCACGCGCAUGAACUACUUCCUGGUGAGCCUGAGCCUGGCCGACCUGCUCGUCCUGUUGGUGUGUGAGCCGACAGCCAUCAUGGUCUUGUACACCAAGGAUGUCUGGCUUCUUGGAGAAGCCAUGUGCAAGAUCGUGCCCUUCCUGGAGAACGCAGCCCACCACUGCUCCAUCCUGUCGCUGCUGGCCAUCAGCAUCGAGCGCUACCUCGCCAUCUGCCACCCGUUCCGCCAGCACCGGCGAGGCAAAGCCCUGACCGACCUGCUGACCAUCUGCCUGUCGUGGGUCGUCGCCCUGCUCGUCGCCAUUCCUUUCGCGCUGAUGUCUGAGCUGACAGUGGAACUCUUCUACGACGGCACCUGGCAGACCACGUGCCGGACCACCACGCGGAUUCCCGGCAUGCAGCUCUUCAUCAUCCUAGACUUUGCGCUGGUCAUGAUCCUGCCGCUAGGCGUCCUCACCGUCCUCUACACCAUCAUCAUCCUACGGAUCUCCGCCAGCGCGUGCGCCUGUCUGGGGUCCGUCAAGCAGGAGGAGGUACACGGGGGUCGUCUGGCACAGAGCCGCAACCAGGUGGUGUGGAUGAUGGUGGCUGUGGUGGUUCUCUUCUAUGUCUGUCUCCUGCCCAUGAGGGCUUUCAUCCUCUGGCUAGUCUUCUCUCCGGCCAGCAGCCAGGAGGACUUGGGCUUCGUGGCUUUCCACAACGUCCUCAACAUCACCCGCCUGCUGACGUACAUCAACAGCGCCGGCAACCCCAUCAUCUACGGGCUGCUGAGCACCAAGUUCCGUAAGGCCUUCCGUACGCUGAUGCCUGCGUGCACUAUGGGCACCUUUCUCUCCCGAGCCUCCACCACGCGCUCCUCGACCCCGCGCCAUCGGACUUCGCACGUACAACACCACCUGCAACGGCAACUCCGGCGUCUGUCCCCACGACGAACGCAACGACGACCACAGACUGUCCUCGAAGGGCGUUAAGAAUCAGUAUCAACACAAACCCGUUGGCCGGAAGGAGGCGGAAAUCAUGCUUUGAGUUGACAUAGUUUCUACAAAUCUGUAUUUUUAUCGCCAGAAGGGUCAAGGGACUCCACUCUGUUGUCUACAACUAUGUACUACGCUGACGUCAUCAACUGGCUUUCUGCGCAUGUCGCAGUUUUAACGAAGGUGGUCUUGAGGUCCACGCAGUGCCUGAUGCAGGACAGCUUCGGGCUUGUCUUAAACAUUUGCGAGGAAAUCGUGAAAGUGUAUUGGUCUGCUCACCUGUGAAUUGCGGAGAGACAGGUGAAAGCCGAGUUGUGGAUUGUGAGUGAUGAUGACCAUAACAUAAACAUUAAUUUGUAUAUUCUUACCUGUGUUAAUGGCUUAGAGAUUUUAUGAAGGCAGGGGAGACUCGAAGGUUGAAGGCGCCAUCUCUGUCUACGUUUUAAUUCCGAAGAAUAUUUUGUUUUGCAACACAUUAUGUUAAAAUGCAGGAGAACCCGAGCUGACAGUUUGACCGUUGCUAAACUUUUUGUUUGACUGUUUGUUUAGAUGAGUUUGUUGUAAAUCAGCAAUUAUUUUGUUUUUGUUACCGCCGUGAUUGCUAAAAAAAAUUAAUUAUCAUAUUUUAUGUGGUUUUGAGCCAUGUUUGCUCCUACAAGAAAAUGAACAAGUUUACUCAACGAAACAGACUCACCUGGUCAUAAGCAACAACUAGAGGCAGGGCAUUCUUCGUCGUCUUCUCUCUAUCUCUCUUAUUAUAAGGUUCUUGGUUUGUGAAAAGUUAUCUUGCGGCUGCUUCCGUCCAUUUCCGUUGAUGUCGUUUAGUUCUUUUGUCGCAUCGUCUUUUGUUUCCUGACACUGCUCAAAACACUUGUGGGUGAUGGCGGAGGUAAAGACCCUAAGACUGUGCCUUCUAGUUCUAAACUAUAACACGAAAAAGAGACUACUACUAAUAAUAAUAAUAAUAACAAUCAACAAAUAUUUUGUUUGGAAAUUAAUGAUAUUUGUGGAAAUUCGUUGCAUCUUGGAAAAAGAGGGGCGACACCUAUGUGAACAGAGGAAAAACUGACUUGCAAAUGUAAAGAAGUGAACUGAGUGUUUCACGAGGACUUGUUUACCCAGGACUUGUUUACCAUCUGAUGUCCAGUUCUUCGUCCCGACGACCAGUAAGAAGGUGUAGUAGUGAACAGACUACAGUGGAAUGUGUAAUUCCUGCUGCUGUAAAUAGCAACAAUAAAAUAUCAACAAUAUUUCCUGUAAAUAGAUGAAGUGAGUACUGGGACUGUUCACUCCCAUUGGCUGAUGAUGAUUGAAAGUCAGCAAGGGGAAAGAACUGUGUGAAGAAGAAGCUGCCACAGCUUGCUGGACAUUUUGUACGGAAGUGACGUCACUGUUUGUCCACACGGUAACGAAUAAAGACUGGAAAAACUCAUGGAGAUAAUAUAUUUGCAGGUCCUCACCUGUCUGACAGAAACUCAGUAAAGACGAAGCAGACAGGAUUGUAGGACAGGCUUGUGAAUGGUGAGCCACUGGACAAGGUGUCUUGACAAUGAUGCCAGGUCAUCGUAGUUACUGUCUGCUGACAGUUGAAUGUUUAAGGUCUUCUAAGGUCAGUUUUCAUAAGUUUUUCGCCACAGGACUCAAGAGAAUGUGGAAAAUUCAUCCCUAAACUUUUAACUUUGUUCUUUAUCUCAUCGAAACUUUUUUAAAACAUUCAACUGUAUAAUAAAUGAGUGUAUAUAUUAAUAUAAAUUUAUAUAUUUAUAAAUUAAUUAAUUUAUGUAUUUAAAUAUUAAAAUAGACAAAAUUACAAA